AUGUGGUGGGGCGCGAAGGGCAAGGACGGCGGGGACGCUCCGGACGACCCGGAGCGCUUUUGGGAGGAGGACCGCGGGGACCCGGGGGACCCGACGGAGCGCAUGCCGGUGGAGACCGUCCUGGUGCUGGCCCUCGCGGCGCUCGCGUCGAUCUGGUUCGCGAAGUUUGUGUUCAGCGCAACAUGGAUCGCGCUCUCCAUCAUCAACGCGGGCCUCAAGUACUCCUUCCUCGCAGUCAUGUUCCUCCUCGCCAUCGGCAUCUUCCUCUAG